GUUACCUUUAGUAACAAAAAAAAAAGUAACAAAAUGGCUUCUUCUAUUCUCAUCUCCUUUGCAUUGCUUGCUUCUACCUUGUUCUUCAUGAGUGGUCCCUCUUCAGCCCAACUCACUCCCAACUUCUACUCAAAAAGUUGCCCGAAGGUUUUUGAUGUUGUCGGCUCAGUGGUUAGGGCCGCUGUAGCCAAGGAGAAACGCAUGGGUGCAUCUCUCCUUAGGCUCCAUUUCCACGAUUGUUUUGUAAAUGGGUGUGACGGGUCCAUUCUACUAGAUGACACAUCUUCGUUCACUGGAGAAAAGACUGCCAGGCCGAAUGUGAAUUCGGUUAGGGGUUUUAAUGUGAUUGAUGAUGUAAAGAAGAAGGUUGAAGGAGUUUGUCCCGGUGUUGUCUCUUGUGCUGAUAUACUGGCGAUUUCUGCUCUUGAAUCCAUGCUUGCUUUAGGUGGGCCUGAAUGGACAGUCAAGUUAGGAAGAAGAGACUCCAAAACAGCCAGCUUCUCCGCGGCAAACAGCGGCGUUAUUCCGCCACCAACAUCCACCCUCAGCAACCUCAUCAACCGCUUCCAAGCCGUCGGUCUAUCCACUAGAGACAUGGUGGCACUCUCGGGUGCACACACAAUCGGACAAGCACGAUGCACCACAUUUAGAGCACGUAUUUACAACGACACCAACAUUGAUGCCGCAUUCGCCAGAUCACGCAGAUCAAACUGCCCUCGUCCAUCCGGCUCAGGCGACAACAACCUUGCACCACUUGACGUUAAAACGCCCAACAGUUUCGAUAACGCUUAUUAUGGGAAUUUAAUUAGCCAAAAGGGUUUGCUUCGGUCGGACCAGCAGUUGCACAAUGGUGGCUCCACCGAUUCGUUGGUGGAGCAGUACAACAAAAAUCCGCGUAGUUUCUAUGCGGAUUUUGCGGCCGCUAUGGUUAGGAUGGGUGAUAUCCGUCCCCUUACCGGCCGCAAUGGGGAGAUUAGGAAGAAUUGCAGGGUGCCUAAUUAGUAAUUGUUAUAGUGUGAAUUUUAUGAUUUGAGUUGAUGUUGUUGUAUUUUGUUUGUCAAAUUACUGUUUGAAUGGGUGUAAUUUUGUUCAUGCAAUAAAUAAUAUGUUUCUGUUUGUUUUAA